AAACGGAAAGUUGACAAAGUUAUAAGGGACGGAGGGAGUAUGUAUUUGACACGUGGUGCAAGGUCAGAAAUGAUGAUGCCUUUCCUCCUGACACGUGUAAAAGCACGUACUCUCAUACUCCGUAUUCAACACUGAAUCUCUCAAUUUCAACAGCAAACUGAGCAAAUCAUCUUCUACCGAAAAAACUCCUAUCCUGAUCGUCUCGGUUCUAGUUGCAGGAGUUAUGCUGAAACGUGGAAACAGGUCACAGAAGCAAUUAAACAAUGCUCGGCUUGUCAGGUUGCCGAUUUUCAUUGUGUUCUUUUUACUCUUCUGUGCAUCAAUCCUCAUUUUCUUUGGGAGAAAUGGCAAGAGAUCUGAUCAUCCAUCCCCACGCACAUCAAAACAGCAUUUGAGUACCUUGAGUUCUUCUUCGGUAAAGCUGGAUCCCUUUGUGGAAAUCAAGAACGGGACCGAAUUGGUAUGGCAAAUACCCGAAAAACCCAAAGCGGUUUUAUUUCUUGCCCACGGCUGUAAUGGCAAAGCAACCGACUUUUGGGACAAAACGCCUAAUUGCCCAAACUGCACUGGCCUUCCAGAAGAAAGGCUCAUUGUGAUGAACGCCCUUUCAAGAAAGUUUGCAGUUCUUGCCAUAUCCAGUUCUAGAAGAUGCUGGUCAUUCGGAGAAGAAAGGUAUAAGGUUAAACACAUUAUAAAUUCGUGGGUAUCUGAGCAAAAUCUGGAAAAUAUUCCCCUUAUAGCUCUGGGCGCUUCCUCAGGUGGAUACUUCGUUUCUCUUGUUGCCACUGAUAUUCAGUUCAGUAGCAUUGUUCUAAUGAUUGCUGAAGGUUUGUAUGAUAAAAUUGAUCUAAGAAAGGGAUAUUACCCACCCACCCUGUUUGUCCACAUGCCCAGAGAUGGAGCUAGAAAGCUUAGCAUUGAUAGAUUCAUCAUGCUUUUGAAGGAGAAUGGUGUUGACGUUGGAGAGAUUGAGUGUUUGGAGUUUCCACUUUCACCCGAGUUUUUUGCUGGUCGGGUUCCGGGUCUGGAUCUGACUGUUUCUGCUAAACUGUUUGAGUUGUUUCAGAAGAAGGGCUUUGUAGACAAGAGGGGUUUUAUGAGAAAGGAUGGACGGGCUAUACGAUGGGAUGUGGCUAUCAAGAAGGAAUUGAAGUCUCUUCUUCCUGAUAUUUCUUUGCUCAAACAUAUUCAAGAAGAAAUGAAUCUUGCUUAUGGGUAUCAUGAGAUGACGAGCUUGCAGUCUGAACAAAUCUUUAACUGGUUUGAAUCUCAUUUGAGCAAACAGGUAAUUUGAUAUCAAGAAUGUUAUAGGAUUUGAUGUGUUCAGUCAGAUCAGUGGUUAGAAAUCCAAAUAGUGCGUUUAACCCUUCUUAAUGUUAUGUUUCAUGAGCAGUAAAUGAUACCAGAUUUCUAUGGUGAAGUGUUGAGGCUUGAUGUUUUGCAUGACCAGGAGAAAAAAGGGGAGAUAUUGGUGGUUAUUACUACAGUAGUACUAUUUUUUUUUCACUAUUGACUAAGAGUAGUACUCCGUAAAAUAGUACCGGUGGGCGUAGCUCAACCGGUAAUGAGGGAGUGUCAAAAGGGUUGGGUCCCGGGUUCGAAUCCCGCCAACUGCGAUGAGGGGUUACUAUACCAAAAUGCAUAGGGUCUCUGCAAGUACCGGGGACAAAGCCUCACUCUCUAUCUGUCAGAUUGGGAUUAUAGUCCAAUUUACCUCUCCCAACGUACCGUCCUGUCGGGGUUGGAGGCCUCAGGCAUGGAGUGUCAUCCUUUUUUUCCCGUAAAAUAGUAAUUCUAAAUUAUCGGUUCAUAAAUAAGCUUUUCAAUAACCGACUUCCACAUUGAAUUUUAAGUUAAAAUUUCGGGGAGAUAAUGUACACUUUAGGAAGAACAUUAUCACAAAAUUUCAUCAAAUUUUUUUACCGGAAACCACCUUUCCGGUUCCGGUCAGAAGCUCCAGACAAGAAAUGUGCUCUCCCCGGUUCCGGUCAGAAGCUCCUGACAAGAACGGUGCUCUUUAUAUGUACUGCUGGCUAAUCCCAUGCGGCCGGCUCGUUUCAGGUUUUUCCUCUAUUGUUUUGAAAUUAAAUCAUAACCACAGGCUCAAUGGCUCUUGCCUCAUUUAACCUCUUAGGUUUGACUAUUGGAUGAUGUCGAUUUUUAAAUUUAAUAUCUCAUUGUAUUAAGUUGAAGAAAUAGUCUGUUGGCUGGAAGGUCGGAAGAAACAACUAUGCAUAGAGGCGGCAAAGCUACUGAGCUGCUAUAGAAGGGGAGGUAGAAGAAGACAUGGAGUGUCAUGGACUUUGCCUAUACAUAACUAUGCAUUUCCGGUUAGGGGGUGGCACCUACUUGCCUCUUGAUUCUGCCCCUACACAAUUUAUACCUAUAACUAUGGAGUUUUUGCCAUUUUCGAUUCCCGACUAUUGUGUCAUUGACACUUUUGGUACUCGAAUUUUAAUUUUUUCAAUUUUAGUCCUCAACUAUUGUGUUUCGGACAUUUUUAGUCCUUGCCUUCAAAGUUUUCCCCAUUUAGUCCCCGAGUAUUAUCAAAUUGACAAUUUUGAUUUUGACACAAUAAGUGGAGGACUAAAAAUAUCAUUAUUAUAAUAGUUGAAUGAAAAAAAUACGUCACUUUUAUGAAAGUCAGAGGACCAAAUAUGGGAAUUUGCAAAGACGAGUACCAAAAGUGUCCGUAGUGCAAUUGUCGAACACUAAAAGGGGAAAAAAUCAAAGUCGGGUAUCAAAAGUGUCAAUGGUAUAAUAAUUAGAGGAAUAAAAGUGACAAAAACUCAUUUAUGGGAAGCAUUAAAAACUUUAUAUCGAUUCUUUAGGAGGACAUCAUAAGAUGGAAGGAUGCUAUUCAGAAGCUUUAGCUUAUUAGAGAGUGUUUUGACAUCCAUUAUGAAGAAAGAUAGAUUGUAAUACUCGAG